UUCUACCUCGACUUCUUAUUCUACUCCGCGUACUACGCCGAAGGAAAGGCCAUAUUUCGUUUACACCCUUCUUGACAGGCACCAUGGUGGUCGUGAGGUAGGUUGUUGGUCAGAGAAUGAAUUGCUACAUGUACUACUAAGUGUAUCAUGCACUGCAUAGACACUGGAUUAAGUAAGUAGUUAACGAUUUGCUAAAUCAAUACCUCUUCGAUUCAUACCGACACACAUGGAACAAGCACUUCUUGCACCUCAUCUGGAAGCUUCUGCUCCUAACGGAUUGUAAUACCACAUGGAACAAGUUUCUUGCAAUCCACCAUCACCGUUCACGUCGUCGGUGGAGCCAGCGACCAAGGUUAAGGGUUGGAACUUGACAUAUCAUCUAAGCGCACCGCUAUGGCUUCUUCCAGUAGGAAAGCCAUAGAUAUGCGAGCUAGAGAUGCCAACUUUCAACCCCUAACAAGGAGCCCCCAUCAGCUACAGGGACACCGUCAAAAAUGGCGCAUCCUUCUCCUGCAGGCAAUCCUUUCGCCGAUGAUGCUCCCCCUGCGUCAUCAGAAGAAGAAAGUAGAGGACUAGUAGAAGGGACAACAGCAAAUGGGGAAGUAGUUGUUGGAGGUCUUGUAGGGAAAGAGGAGACCACAAAGGAGAUUAAGACACAAGCGGCAGUAGAGCAAGCCAAUGGAGGCACAAUAGAGAAAGCCAAGAACGGAGGAGUUAAUACUACAACUACUGCACCACCAGCAACAUCAGCUACAUCAGGAACAAGUAAGCAACCUGCUAAAACUACUAGCCAAGAAAUAGACAAGACUAGUAUCAAUAAACCAGGAGCGAUAACGUCGGGUGUUACUACUUCUACUGCCCCAGCUCCUGCUAGGACAAAUGCUGCUAGUAGUACGAAUUCGGCAUCACAACAAGCGCAGAUGGAGCAGAUGAUGCAAGGAAUGAUGAUGAUGCAGGCACAAAUGAUGCAAGCACAAAUGAUGUCACAGAUUUAUGAAGAGCGGAUUCGAGGUUGCUUUCUAUUGCUUUGGUUAAAGAGUUUAUAA